CUGGUUGGAUGUUGGGCGGGGUCUGAGGAGACAGAAAGAGAGAGAGCGAGAGAGACAGAGAGAGAGAGAAAACAGAAAAACCCUCUGAUCCCAAUACUGCUACUGCACGGACAAAAGAAGGAGAACAUAGAUAGAGAGAGAGAGAGAGAGAGAGAGAGAGACCGGCAGAGAGACAGGCAGAGCGGAGGACAGACGGACGGAUAGCUGGAGAGGAUGGGCCGGCGGAGCGGCCGUCGGUAGCGCUCUGUUUUCGGGGACGGAGCUCCAGGAUGAGCGUAGCGCUGCAGGACCUCCGGAACACCAUGUCCAGCUAUAAGCGAGCUACAUUGGAGGAGGAGGAGGUGUCUGAUGCUCCAGCUGAGUCGGCCUCGUCUCCUGACAGAGUGGAGGUGGGCUUCAGGAAGGGAGGAGUGGACAUCCUGGGCCGGAGGACUCAGCUGGAGGUUCUGCUCUCCGUCCUGCUCCUGGCUGCCCUGCUGGCCCUGCUGGCCUGUCUGCUGGUCCUUGGACUGCGGCUCAGUUCAGACAGUGGGCAUGGCCUGUGCCUGUCAGAGGCUUGCGUCACAGUGGCCAGUCAGAUGGUGGAGGCGAUGGACCGCAGCGUUGACCCCUGCCAUGACUUCUACCAGUUUGCCUGCGGAGGCUGGAUGAGGAAGAAUCCGCUGCCUGAUGGGCGCUCGCGUUGGUCCACCUUCAACAGCAUCUGGGAGCAGAACCAGGCACUGCUCAAACACCUGCUGGAGAACGGGACCUUUAAUGGCAGCAGCGAGGCGGAGAGGAAGACCCAGUCCUACUACCUGUCCUGUCUCAACACACAGAGGAUUGAAGAGCUGGGAGCUCAGCCUCUCAUAGACCUCAUCGCCAAGAUCGGCGGCUGGAACAUGACGGGUCCCUGGGAGAAGGAGAACUUCAUGGAGGUUCUGAAGGUGGUUUCUGGUCCGUACAGAGCUAAUCCUUUCUUCAGUGUGGGAGUCAGUGCUGAUCCCAAAAACUCCAACAGCAACGUCAUCGAAGUGGACCAAUCAGGACUCUUCCUGCCAUCCAGGGACUAUUACCUCAACAAGACAGCCAAUGAGAAGGUUCUGGCGGCGUACCUGGACUACAUGGUGGAGCUGGGGAUGCUGCUCGGUGGGGAGAGGAGCUCCACUCAGCUACAGAUGCAGCAGAUCCUGGAGUUUGAGACAGCGCUUGCCAACAUCACCGUCCCACAGGACCAGCGCCGUGAUGAGGAGAAGAUCUAUCACAAGGUCACCAUCGCUGAACUACAGCUCUUGGCGCCGGCCGUGGACUGGUUGGACUACCUGUCAUCCUCUCUGGCUCCUCUCGAGCUGAACGACACUGAGCCUGUCGUCCUGUGCGCCCGAGAGUACCUGCAGCAGGUGUCCGACCUCAUCAACAAGACCGACCGCAGUCUGUUGAAUAACUACAUGAUGUGGACAUUGGUCCAGAAGAGUGUGGCCAGUCUGGAUCAACGCUUUGAGAAUGCUCAGGACAAACUGCUGGAGAGUCUCUACGGAACCAAGAAGUCUUGCACCCCACGCUGGCAGACCUGCAUCGGGAACACAGAUGACACUCUGGGAUUCGCUCUGGGAGCGCUCUUUGUCAAGGCAACAUUUGACAAACAUAGCAAAGAGAUUGCUGAGGAGAUGAUCAACGAGAUCCGCUCAGCAUUUAAAGAAGCUUUGGACAGACUCAACUGGAUGGACCAUGACACCAGACAGGCUGCAAAAGACAAGGCAGAUGCGAUCUACGAUAUGAUCGGAUUCCCAGAAUUCAUCCUGGACUCCAAAGAGCUGGAUGAUGUUUAUGAUGGGUAUGAAGUGUCAGACGACAGCUUCUUCCAGAACAUGUUGAACUUCUACAACUUCUCAGCCCGGGUGAUGGCUGACCAGCUGAGGAAGACUCCCAACAAAGACCAGUGGAGUAUGACUCCUCCUGCAGUUAAUGCAUACUACAUGCCCAGUAAGAACGGCAUCGUCUUCCCUGCUGGAAUCCUACAAGCUCCUUUCUACGCCCACGACCACCCCAAGGCAUUGAACUUUGGUGGGAUCGGAGUAGUGAUGGGUCAUGAGCUCACUCACGCCUUCGAUGAUCAGGGUCGUGAGUACGAUAAAGAAGGUAACUUGAGGCCAUGGUGGCAGAACUCAUCUGUGGAGGCGUUUCGUCAAAGAACAGAAUGUAUGGUGGAUCAAUACAGUCGCUACACUGUCAACGGAGAACACAUCAAUGGAAAACAGACACUCGGAGAAAACAUCGCUGACAAUGGAGGACUGAAGGCUGCAUACCAUGCCUAUCGAUCGUGGGUCAAGAGAAAUGGAGAGGAAAAGAGACUUCCUGCUGUCAACCUGACUAAUGACCAGCUCUUCUUUGUGGGAUUUGCCCAGGUGUGGUGCUCAGUUCGAACACCAGAGAGUGCUCAUGAGGGCCUGGUGACUGAUCCCCAUAGCCCCCCUAGAUACAGGGUGAUCGGCACGCUUGCCAACUCUCCGGACUUCAGCCGCCACUUCAACUGUCCUGCAGGGACACCCAUGAACACUGGGAGGCGCUGUGAGGUCUGGUAGACAGACUGAAGAGGACUACAUCUGGGGGAAGGAGGAGGAGGGUGCUAAUUAGCCUGAAAAUUAACAGGUCUGUUCAUGAGGAAACUUGUCUGUAUUUAGUUGAUUAACAGGUGAGUUUCUUCAUCGACAGACUCAUUAGUGUCUUAAUUAGAAGAGUUGAGACUGUUAAUUAUGAGUAGGUGUUGGUUGUGGGCGGUUCAGGUGUGAUCUUCAGUUUCAUAUAGUUCAUAUAAAUCUGUUCAUGGAGACGUCAGACUGACUUCCUGUCUGGAUACUGCAAGGACUCAGUGGACUUCACAGACACAUGAAGGACUGACGAUGAUGAUGAUGAUGAUGAUGAUGAUGAUGAUGAAGCCAUGUGGGACGAUGUUGCUGAUUUCUGCUUUAUCACUGUUAUUGAUUAUUAUUAUAAAUGGGCUUUGGUUCGUGUGUGUGUGUGUGUGUAUAUGUAUGUGUGUUUGUGUGUGUGUGUGCGUGUGUGUGUGUGUGUGUGCACAUGCAUGUGUGUGUGUGUGCGUGCAUGUGUGUGUUGUCUGUCGUAUGGAAGACCACUGUAAAACCGUCUCUCUCUCUCCGAUAACAUCACUGUGAUGACCUCAUACAAAUUGGAACUGUUACAUCAUUAUUCAUGGCCGUGUGUAUUAUCCGAUCAUCAGAGGAAGCUGUCGUCUGAUUGGCUGACAGGCUUUUCUGACAAAAUUUACAUUAUUCUGCAUUUUUCACACAAAAGUUGAUCCAGGACUGAGUAGACCUGCUCCAGGGCAGAGUUAAACCCAGUCCUGGUCCAGGACUCUCUGACCACAUGUCACAGUCCUGACAUUUAUUCUGUGUAAGAGAAAUCUGUUUAAAGACUUUAAAGAUGAAAAGGUGAGUUCAAAGUAACAAAAUUUAUGAUUUAGACUGAGACAGGUCUGUUUCAGUAAAAUCCACAGAGCCAAAGUGAAACCUGAACCAGGUUCUGAUCCACAAAAUAUAAUUCAAAAUCCUAUUGACAUUUGAACAUUGCUAAAAUAGAUAAUCCAGCCUUUCUCCACAGUAGACCAUGUGCCUUGAUUCAUGUGUUUAGAUAGUGGCAGUAGUUUAUCAUAUUAUUGUUUAUUCAGUGUUUUUUUACAUGCCUUUAACAAACACCAUUUCCCACAAACCCUAGACACAUGGCAACUCCAGGGCAGACACACGGAGGGGGUUUCACACAUCUCAGAUCACAAGUACAAAAACUGAUUUUAGAAGAGAGCUGUAGGGUUGUGAUGGGAUCUGCAGUUUUCAGUGUUUGACUUAAAAUCACAGGGGUUUUAUUCUGCUGUGGUGGAGCUGAUUGGUCUUAUGGAAAAUCACUGUCAGGAACAUGCUUAAUGUCUUCAUAAAUGACAGAUUGUAUUCAUGUUCCCAAAUCCAGAUGUGAUGUCAGGACUUUGGCUCUCUACGGACACUCGGCCUUUCUUAGUCUGUGUGUUGACUUCAGUGAAGACACCUGUCUCAGUCUGAAUACAUCAUUUUUCUACUGACAGAUGCUAUUGGAGAACUAAUCCUUCUCCGAUGACAUAACCACCAUUUCAACACCAUGAAAAACAAUCCAUUGAAAUUCCCUUAAUCAGUCCUUAAUUUACUAAACCUCUUAAAAACAACAUUAGGUUUGGUUGGUUUAUAUUUGGGUUCUUAAAUAUUUUCAGCUGCAAAUAAUUUUUUUAGGAUUCAGGUUUUAAAUACAUAAACCCCAAAUUUGAGGUUUAUGUAUUUGUAUUAAGAAAAUUUUAUGGGUUUUCUUUAUGGAUUAAAGGGUUUUAAAGAGCUGAAAGUCCCUUAAAAUGUACAAAACUAUAGUACAGGUACUGUACUGUUUACAUUGAUGUGCAGUUUUGCUGUUGAUUUAUGGCCAAAUUAAUGGCAUGUGAUUACUGAGGGGGUGUUAAUGGAUGACUACAGUUUAACAGGUUUACCUUAAUUAAAAAUUUUGCCUUUUCACUUUCAAUCAACUUUAAUGUGAACAGUCAAACAAUCAAAAUACCUUAAUGUCACAAUCUAUUAUUUGUUCCCAUAAAUACCCAUCAACCUGAGCUCUGUGUUGACAGCUCACAGAUUUAGUUUCUCAGUGUAAGUGAUGUACGAAUGAACCAUGCUGUUGUUUAGUCAGUCGUCUUAUAUACUUCAAACCACUCUACAUGUUAAUUCACUGUAACCACUAACCACCAUGCCAGUGUUGUCAUGGUAACCAACUGUUACUGUCACUGACAUUAGUGGUUGCAACAAUGAGGAGCAGGAAAAGGCCUUAAAGGUUAGAUAUUAUUAUAAAAAUGAAUUUGGAAAGUUGCCUUAAAAAUUUAAGAUUACAGCCUUAAAAAAAAGUCAUCAGCUACUUUGAGGUCUGAGGCCUGAGGUGACCUGAGGUGACCUGAUGUGACUUGAGGUUACCUGAGGUGACCUGAUGACAAAGCCCCAUGAAACAUCCUGGUUAAAGUCAAAUCAAAUCUGUCUUAUUUUUACAGUGUGACCUCAGAUUAGUCUCAGAGGUGAACAACUCCAUCUGUCAUUAGACUGAGAUCUGACCCCACAAUAUGAGGCUAAUAAUGACCUGGCAGUUGUGGUGCGUUCAGGGACACAAAUGAUAAGCAUUAAAAUUGUCAUGGGGCGUUCACGAACUAAAACAAGCGUGGGACCUUUAGUCUACUAAAACUCACGGGGGGCUUUCAGGAAGUACAACUAGUGUGGGGCUUUCAGGGACUAAAAUGAUGGUUGGGUGUUUGGGAUCUAUAAUGAAUGAGGGGCAGUCAAGAUUUUAAGCAGUGUGGGGUAUUUGGGAAUUAAAAUGAGGAUGGGGCAUUCAGGAACUAAGACAAGAGAGGUGCAUGCGAGUACUAAAACAAGAAUGGGGUGUUCAGGGAUGUUUCUGGUUUUAUCCUGUAUUGUGUUUCAUAGUGAGUAAAAAUUAUAAUUUUAUUCAUAGGUUUGUGACUAAAAGUGAAACGUUUUUUUGUUUUAUCUUUCACCAAAGUACAAAAUAUGUCUGUGACCAUAUGACUCCCUCUGUCAUCAGAGCCUCGACAGUAAACUGCUGGACUAUUAAUACAGAUAUUAUAUGGAAAAACAGAUAAUUAUAUUAAAGAAAUAAAGUAUCUAACAAUUAAUACUGAGUAAAUAUGAAGUGUGAGAAGUUACAGAGUGUUUCAGUAGUACAGUGUACAAAUGUAACAUUAGUUUAAAGACUUGUUACCUCAGCUUUCAUUACCCACAAUCCUUUAGUGUUACUGUUCAGCCCGGGUACGUGACUCAGACAGAAGGUGGAGCUCUCAGCCUGUUCCCACUGAAACACAAACUGAAUAUUCAGAUAUUAAAGUCGGUAUUGUGACAACACUGCA